AUGUUACGAGUACCUAUAGGUGGGUGUGACUUUUCCACCCACCCGUAUACUUACAAUGAAGCACCCAAAGAUGAUAUCACACUCAGCAAUUUUUCUCUGUCGUAUGAAGAUUAUAAUUACAAGAUCCCAAUGAUCAAAGAGAUAAUGAAGGUGGCCGUAGAGCCAGUAUAUAUUUUGGCUUCGACUUGGUCUCCUCCUCUUUGGAUGAAGACUAACCAGGUAUACGGCAAUGUUAGUCAGCUUAAACCGGAGUACUAUCAAACAUAUGCAGAUUAUCACCUCAAAUUUGUAGAGGAAUACAAUAAGAGAGGCGUGCCAAUUUGGGGCAUUACUACUACAAAUGAACCGAUUGACGGUGUUUUUGGAUUAGCACCAUUUAACAGUCUCGGAUGGAAUCCAUUUGAACUGGGCAAAUGGAUAGCUAAUAACUUGGGACCUACUGUCAGAAGAUCUGCGUUUUCCAAUUUAAAAAUACUGACGCAUGAUGAUCAAAGGGCAUCAAUACCUUUCUACAUUACUAUGAUGUUAUCAAUAGUGCCUGAAGCGUUACAGUACAUAGAUGGCGUGGCGGUCCACUAUUAUACUGAUAUGUUUAUCGCAGCUGACAUUUUCUCACUGAUCACCGAUAAUUACCCUGACAUGUUCAUUAUAUCUACAGAAGCGUGUGAAGGAUCCUUUCCUUGGGAAAAAGAAAAAGUUAAACUUGGAUCAUGGGAUAGGGCUAAAUCGUAUGCUGUAGAUAUUUUGGAUGAUUUGAAUAACAACGUGGGAGGCUGGAUCGACUGGAAUCUAUGCCUCAACUCGCAAGGAGGUCCGAACUGGGUGGACAACUUCGUAGACUCCCCCGUCAUAGUGUUCCCAGAGAAGAAGGAGUUUGUGAAGCAGCCAAUGUACUACGCACUCGGACACUUCUCCAAGUUCCUGCCGAGAGGAUCACAAAGGAUUAAAGUGACAGAAAAGAAACCUUUCUGGUCGUCGCGUGUGGAAAAUGUAGCUUUUUUAACCCCAAGAAAUACUCUGGUCGUUGUUCUUUAUAAUGAUGAUCUUGCCACGGAAGUGUGUAUCGUAUUAGGCCCUAAGAAAAUAAUAGUUCCAGUGGAAGCCCGAUCUAUCGUUACCAUAGAAUUACCUAACUAUGAGAUAUAAAGAGAAUUUUGAGUAAUUUUAAGUAGUCAUUGAGAAGAAAUUUUUUGAUAUCAUUUUUGACAAUUAUAUGUUAAUAAUAUCUUUUACACAGAUUGUUUCAUUUUUAACCUUCGUUGAUAAAGCAACC